AUGGUAUUUUACGACACGAAGGAGAAUUCAACUGAAGAGAUCUCAUCAAGAAGCCGAGCAUCAAGUUGUGCUGAAGCCACAACUCCAAGGAACCAGCUUUCUGUUUGCCGAACUCAUAGUAGCGGUGUUGGUGGCGGUAGCAUGCAGAAGGACACUCACUUGAACUAUAAAUCUGCAUCAUCAGCAACUCCAUCAGAAAAAGCUGUUGUGAAAAGUGCAUCAACAAAAAGCGCCAAGAAUGGUGUUUCACCACUACGGUCACAACUCUCGAAAGACAAACCCACCUCAAGCAGCUCACACGCAAUCCCCAGCUCUAUGCCUCUGAUUGUGACAUGCUUGAACCUAAGUUCUGCUCAAGUGUUGUUUAUUCGGAAGACGUGGGCUCAUGCCCGGAAUCAAGGAUCUCUUGAACCGGCGUUGAGCAUAUUCAGGUAUGAAAUGGAGAUACAAAAAAAAAGUCAAGCAAGUCUACUAUAACA